GGUCAGUCCCACAGUUUAGAUUCGCUACACUAUAUAACAAGGGUGCAUCAGAAUGAUGCUCAGUGUUUUACUUUGCAGAUCAUGUGCAUGUCGCUUUAGGAAGACACACUAGUAACAGCUCAAGGGGUCCUAGCAAUGAAUAUAGAUUAGGGAAGCUUUAAGUUACAGGAGUAUUCGCACGAUCAGUGAGAGGCAGGGGAGGUAGUAACUACACUGAGGAAAGGAUGCUACCAAUGCCAUACAGGUCAAGAUGUAUUGUGGUACAUUCCAGUGGUGCUAAUGGGAGGGCAGCAGGUGCUAAACUAAGUGAAACGAAUGGGAGGCAGAGCUGAAAUCUGUUGCGUUGCCUUUUGCUGCUGCUGCUGUCAGCACUAGUGAGCGAGUGUCAGGCAGAGAGAGGGGGAGCUAGAGGUGGCUCGGUGCCCGUAUGUGCCAUUCUGUACACUAACCGUACCACUGGGAGUAUAUAGGAAACCCGCGGACAAAGAGCAAGCCAAUCAAUAUAUCUAUAUACACAUAUAUAUGACAAUACGCCGAGGCAGCAGCAGUAGCAAUGGUGGUUUUAGCGCGACUAAAGGAGGAGCCAGAAGACGUUUGACAUCAGCUCUGUUGGAGGAGUUUCAGGAAAUGCAAGAAAGCCAGCCGCAGGGAGGGACACAGACUUCUCAUACCUUGGCGAAUGGAAGAAGGCAGCGAUUUAGCCGCAUUUGCUAAGUAACGACAUGAAAACCCCAAGUGCAGCUGCUGUUCUUUGACACCAAAAAAAAAAAAUCCGCAGAAACAAGCGACAACUUAUUCAAAUGAGCGAAGAGCGGGAAGCGGUAGCCGAGCUGUUCAUCUUCUUGUUCUGAGAGGCACCGGGUCCCUUCAGCUGUGCCUGGCGCUUCCCUACCAGUGUUCCGUCACACUGACACGAGGCAUCUGCACGUCCAUCCCACGGCGCUGCGGGGUGAAGCCACAUAAGGAACAGACAGCUUUUUUUUGUGUUUUCCUGUUUGGUGGAAGGUGCUAUAUACUCCUAUCUCUGUAUAUUAUUACACAUAAGGAACAGACAGCUGGCUCUGUAAUAUUGUUGCACUUGACAUCUGUGCCGACCUCUGUUGUCAGGCAAAUCCCGUUGUACAUUCCGACUACUUGAACCCUUCGCCAAGUAGGAGAACACUAUGAUGAUGACCAGCACUGACCAUGUCAAGCUCGAGCCCCCCUUCUACCACGAGGAUGCCCUCCACCUGCACGACUUUGCCCACAUGGCGGGUUACAGCGCCGGCGGCUCUCCCGGCAGUAGCGCAAGCGCAGGGCAACAGCAGGGGGCACACCGAGAGGCCGGAGUCAGGUACCAGGAGCACAAGCUGAUGGGUGCCAACAUCAUUAUUCAGGGAAGCAACCUGAAGAAGAAAAAUAUGGCUGCGGUAUCUCCCGCAGUGAUCCAGCAAGGCUUCCCCGGAGAGGUGCUCAAGUUGAUGCCAGGGAGCGGGGAGACAGCGGUGGGGAAUAACCCAGUGGCAGCUGUGGGGGAAGGAGGAGCUGGAGUCGUCGCUGUGCCGAAUGCGGCCGCGGGGAGCACUAGUAACAGCAACUCGAACGGCGCGGAUGUGUCUCUCCUGUCUGGUAGCGCCGCGGCCUCCUCCGCUGCCCUUAACCUGCUCAAACUUUCCCCGCCCGAGAUAGAGCAGCUCCUUAUCCAGGCAACCAGCGCCGCCAGUACUGAUCCCUCGGCAAUCCAGAUCCCCCCUUUCUUGUACCGGAGUCAGCCGGUUAUUACCCAGGAGCAGGAAGGAUUCGCGGACGGGUUCGUGAAGGCCCUGGCCGACUUGCACAAACAGAACCAGCUACUCGGUGCGCCUAUCUCCCCGACUGCCCUGGCUGCCGGAUCUCCCUCCUACCCGGUGGCGCGGACUCUGCUCCCGGCCGGGGAGGUGCCCGUCUACACCAACCUCAGCAGCUUCAACCCGGCGAGCGCGCAGCUCAGCCCCCCUAUCCCCCAGCCGGCUCCAUAUAGCGGUAACCAGUCCCCCGGUGCCGUGCAGCUGCAGUUUCCAGGGCUGGGCCGCCUACACGCAGGGAGAGGUCCUUUAGAUGAACCCCAGACUGUCCCAGACGUGUCACAGGCCGGAGCAUCUCAAUCUGGGGGAUCCGCAGGGGGGACCGGGGAAUCUGGUUCCCCUCUUACACUCUCCCCCAUCGAUCUGGAAACCCAGGAGCGGAUCAAAGCGGAGAGGAAGCGGCUGAGAAACCGAAUCGCCGCCUCCAAAUGCCGCAAGAGAAAGCUGGAGCGUAUCGCCAGGCUGGAGGAGAAGGUGAAAGUGCUCAAGUCGCAAAACUCGGACUUGGCCUCCACCGCCAGCCUCCUGAGGGAACAAGUGUCCCAACUCAAGCAGAAAGUCCUGAGCCAUGUGACAAACGGCUGCCAGAUAGCGGUCUCCAAAUCUACCCCAGGGGCUAAAGGUGCGGCGGGAGAGAGUCAGGGCUGCUGAGCAACAGGAACUCACUGUCAAAUAAUAGCUGUUAGCUCAGCCAAUCAGCAAAGCGCCUAGUCUCUGAGAUCCAUGUCACCUCAUGAACUGUGCUAAGUACUGCUUUCCAGGGCCCAGUAAUGGCGGCCAUUACCAUAACAGAGGAAAAAAGACUCUUUAUACCGUUUUACUUCCCAUAAACACAUGGGAUAUACGUUCUUUUCUCAAAUUCAAGGUCACCCUCCAGAUGUCGGGCUACACCUCCCAGCCUUCAGGAGAGAUUGGCAGUGCAUGCUGGGAGCUGUAGUACAGCAAUAAGGGGGGCUGGAUAGGUUAGACAUCCUUGGGCUCAUGGCUUGAAAAGCUGGAGGAACAAAUAAGCUAUAUUCAGAAUGAAGACCCACCCAAAUGUAUAAGGGAGCAAUGGCACCCAACCAGUAUUUGUGUAUGGAAGCACAAGUCACAGUGCAAGUAAUGGUUUCCUCAUAAUAAAGCUGAAGAGAAAAUGUUGUUUACUUGAGGUCUGGAUUCGUGACACACACCAGCCUUUACAUGUUCACAGUGGGGCUCCAUUUCCAAAUGGUUGUGUUGUUUUGUAACAAAGCAAAAUGCCUAGAAGGAUAUAAAAAUGGAUUAGGAUCUCCCAAGUUGGCCUCUGAGAACCACAUUACACAGCCCCUCCCUUCUAUCCAGACACAUGAACUGGCUGGACCUGUUUUGGUUUUCAGGCUCCUGAAGAAAGGAUACCCAGCCCAAAAUUAGAGAACUGCACCGAGGCCUCCCUGUUCAAGUGGCAAAAAGCCAAAUGCUUUAGGUGUAGUUGUGCAGGAGGGAGGAUUGCUCAGUUUAAGGCCUGGGUGUGUUACUGGAAAAUGGAAUGUAAAUAGAAAUCUAACUUAUGCAAGACUUUAUUUAAUACUGCUUGUGCCAAAAGGUUAUUUUUUAAUUUAAUCAGCAGGUAUUUGGAGAACUGUUUGUUCAGACCUUGCAGUACAUUACACACUGCCAUUUGUAUCAGCCACUCUGAGGUGAACAAUGUCGUUUUGCUCUUGUGGGAAAUCUGUUUGUUUUGGGGGAUAGUUAUUGACCGGCUCCCAACACCCAAUAUCCCCUUGCAUUUUUACAGGGAUGAGAUUGUACAGUUGCGGGUGUCUGUUUAUUCUACUUAUUUUAUGUCUGGUUAAACUUCACUUCCUGUCCUGCUAAAAUGUCUCACUGCAAGGUUAAAGGGGCAAUAUACACCCCUGUUCAAAAUGAGCCCAAUAAAUUGGGCCUAGGUUAAAAAUGAAAUAUGCUUAUUGUUUGAAUUUAAGCAAAUCUGUGAUUUAUUGAAUUGAUAGAUGCAGAACAGUGACAUUGAAAACAAUCGGAGGAGGAGCAGAAUGACCCUUCCCAUUUACACAGCCUAUAAUGAACUCCUCUUUAUCUGUAAGCCUGAGACACAAGCAGCAAUUAGAGGGAAUGAAAUGUAGUGUGUUUAUAGGGUUCUUUACAUAAAUGGGGGGGGGGUUAAGAGCAACAGUUAAAAAAAAAAGAUUUUUCUAAAGAUUCGGCAGAGCACAUUUUUAAUACAGGCCUGUUUGGCUUAGGCUGAGAAAUUGUCUAUAUUGAACCUUCAAAAUGCUCAGUAAGGUAAUAUCCUUAUUAUCUUAAAAUGGUUUGACACUGGUAUUUAUUAAGGAUGCGCUGACGACAAAACAUUUGCAAAUCAUUUCUCUGGCAUACAGUUAGUGUGUUUGUAAAUAUUUAAAGUACUUGGAUGAAAAACACUCCAAUUAGUGGCAACUCUUAUGUAACAUUCAGAGUGGUUUGUGCAGGGAAUCAAAACAAGCAGUGCAGACAUUUUAACACUGCUUAGAAGACAUUGGAAUAAGUUAAGCAAAUAGACCCUUUUUACUGUAUAUAAUAGACAAUGGUAUUACCUCAACACAUUUUGUUGUUUUUAAUGCACAUGUAAGAAUUGUUUAAGAUUUGACAACAGAGGUAAUUUCAGUGUGAAAUCCUUCAUGAAUUCUUAUUCAGCUAGAUUGUUUCAGGACGCUAGAUUUAACUGUUUAUGUAAGUGCUUAGACCGAAAUUCAUAUUUUAUUUAUUGCAGUCGGUCUUAAGAAACACAUCAAGUAUUACACUUGUUGAGAUUUAUUGCUAUUGCACUAAGUUCUAUAGUUUUGUAUACCAAGUGAUUUGUUAUUCUCUACGCAAACUAUUUCAUGUUUCUACGGUCAAUCUUGGGACCAUAACAAUGUUUUUUUUCUCCUCAAGAGUUAAAGAUGAGAGUAACAAUGUAAGGACUUAAAUAUACAGAAAACAACAGUGAAUUCAUAAAUGGUGUUUAACCCUCUAAGUGCUGGCAAAAGUCAGAUCUGUGGCACCAGCAUAAAAGUACCAUUUUCACAGAGUCUACAUAUUCUUGUUGCCUUUUGAUAUAAGCUGAUGUUUAUUGGCAGCAAGAUCAGUAGGAGCCUUCACUGAAGCCAGUAUCAGAAGAGAUAAAAGUUAUACGUAUAUCUAAAGAUGGCGGCCUGCAUUUGAGCACAAACGAGUGUUCCACCUUUUACAGAAGUGACAACCUUGACCCAACAGUUCAGUCGACCACAUUUAACAUAAUUCAUUCUAGGCAACCUUCUCAUAUACAAUAAUUGAAACAUUUUUUAAUGGUUUUAAAGUUCCAUGUUAAUGUACUUGGUAUUGAAAGCGGCAUCUGUCUGGCUGCUUCUGUUUCGGAUCUGACUCCUGAAACAAUACAGCACAGGCCAGCAGAAAAAGACCUUGAGCACAAAUCAUUUUUGCGACACUGUUUAGAGUGAGACUCGGAAAGAGAUAUGCAAACACUGCGUUCAACUGCAAUUACAUUUACUAAUAACUUUUCAUAACCAUUGUAAUGAGUGUAUACUGGAAAGUUGCUAAGAAUGAUGUUUUCUUUCAUUAUAUAAAAAGGAGUUUUUGGGUGGAGGUCGCCUUUAAAGGGGUUGUUCACCUUCCAAACACUUUUUCAGUUCAGUUGUUUAUCAGAUUGUUCACCAUAAAUAUACUUUAUUUCAAUAGCUUUCCAUUAUUUAUUUUUUUACAGUUUUUUGAAAAUCUAAGUUAAAAGUUUAAUGUCCCUGUCUCUGGUGUUUCAGUCUGGCAGCUCAGUAAUCCAGGAGCAGGAUCUAAUCCGUUACAAUUUUGCUAGAUUUAUUUGAUACAUAUUUCAGCAGCAUCUCUGGAGUAUUAGCAACUAUUGUAUCAACUCUAACAACUGCCUGUAAUGAAACUCAGGGAUUCUGCUCAGCAGGGACAAAGAUUACAAAUGUAUCCACUAAUGUAUCUAUUUAGAGUAGUUACAGAGUCUGCGACCCUCUCCUUCCAGAGCCGGUUUAAGUGAAAAAUUAAACUUUACACUUAAAUAUUUGAAAAAACAGGCACACAUAAUAAAUAGAAAGUAAUUGGAAAAAGUCUUUAUUUCUGGUGAACUAUCUGAAACCAACUGAACUGAAACUGAAUUGCUACAGAAUAGAACUUCCUAGAUCCAGAAAAUAGUGCGUAGACAUAUCUUUGGUAGACUGCCACAAACAUUAACCUUUCAAAUGUUUUUAUGGUAUAUAUUUAUUUUCAAAAUAUAAAUGUUGUAUUUUUGCUAGGAUUUGAUAAAUAUCUAUUAAACCGUAUAGUGGUUGAAGAUAAUAUUCAGUUUGCAAUUCACACAAAUUGCAAUUUGGAAUGCCCAUAGCAUGAAUGGAAUCUUUCUCACAUUAAGGCACUGAAAAAAGUGCCAGGAGAGGAACUCUGUGUUCAGUUACAAGGCAGUGUUUUAUGGUCUUGGUUUAAGCUGUUUUAUUUUGUUCCAGUCAUACUGUGGGCAUCAAUAUUUUUAUUUAUUUCUUAAAACUUGUAGAUUUUUGGAUGUCAAGUGAAACCUCUAUUUUUGUAUGAAAUCUAUACAGACUAAAGAGAGGCAGGUUAUACAGAGGAGCAAGGAGCCAUGAUACGCCUCUCACCUUCACUGUGUACAUUCCAGCUGGGGAUAAUAUUUGUGAAGUCUUAAUCACAAAUCAGAACCCUGUAAAAAAUGAAAUGUAAAGGGCUCACGACUUUCAGUUAUAGUUUGUAUUUUGUGUGUAAAAUAAAAAAUAGUUGUAAAAACAGUGGUGACCUUGAUGGAAUCACUGUAGUUGUGGGGUGGAAAGGAAGACCGGCAAAUUUAUUUUCCUUAACAACCAGACAUGUCUGAAUAUGAAACAAGUUUCAUCCUGACGACUUUAAUGUACCAACACAAAUAAAGGGAAGUUUAACUACAUUGUUAUAUAUUUCUUGCAUAACAGCGGGCUUUAGAAACAUUGUAUCUUUUCGAUGUUACGUGUGUUCAUUUUGUAAUUUAGUGCAAAAUGAUUUGUGAUUUCUUCUCCACCAGUUUUAAUUAUCGGUUUAAUUAUAUUUUGCUUAUGUCUUGGUGGAGACUUGAUGUAGUUGCUGCAAACGCUUGUUCGUAGUGAGAAAAAAAAACUUUCCGUGUGUAAAAUUGACCCUCAUGCACUUUUCUUAUUUGUAGUGACACAUUUGUAGAGCAAACUGUACUACAGUAAUGUCUUUUUAAUAUCAUACUCUACUGUAAAAAGAUUAUUUUCCUCUUAGUGGCUAGGAAUGUGUUGUGCUUGAAACCAGAAUAUUAUGAUGCACAAACAUACAACACAUGAAAUGAUGUUACUUAGACAUGUUAUUUGGAAUAAAUCCCCCAUAAAACGUAAAGUUUGUCUAGAAUGUUGUAGAUCUAUCAGAGCUAUUUCAUAGGAUCAGAGAUAUCUGCCUUGUGGAGGCAGCUUUGAAAGAUGCUGUAUUUUAAAUAUUUGGACAGAUUUUCCUGUAAAACAUGUAUUGGUUAAUAGUUUAGAAGGUACUUGUGCCUUUAUGCUAGAACCAUAAAGGCAAUGGGAUUUUAAAUUUCAGCUUGCAGUUUAUGUUUAGUAAAGUAUUCUCACAUAGUA